CACGCGCGUGUUUUUUGUGCCGGCUUUACAUGUCGCUGUAUUUUAUUUGUAAUUUUUGCAUUUAAUUGUUGUUUACUAAGUGCAAAAUGAGUAUUAAUUGUACUGUGAGCUAUCGGGAGGUGGUGCCCAAGAACAUAAAUCCCGAGGAGUGGCUUGAAGCUGAAAUUAACACAGGCACACAAAGUACGCUGCAGGAUAUCAAAUCGCUUGGCAAGUCGGGUGCCUUUUGCUAUAAUUCUCCGGACAAGUCGCCGCAAUAUAGGAAUCGUUUUAUAUACUGGCGCACCUAUCAGGACAUACUCGAGCUCUCCGAAGUGAGUCUGGAUAUAACAUUGCUGCGUAACAACCUGCGCUUGCGCUUUACAGACUCUGCUGUGCUAAAUGUAUCGCUCUCGGAGGAUGAUACGAGCAUUACCUUGCUGGUGGCCACAGUCAGCAGCAUCCAUCGCAUUGUUUUUCCACUGCCCACUGAAACUUCAGCGGCCGGCAGUGCGCUGGAUUCGCAAACGCAGUCAAUUUUCUUUGACGUAAUUGCACAUCUGAAGGAACGCAGCAUGUAUCAUGUGCUAGAUGGCAGCGUGGCCAUUAAUGUGCCACAGCUGGCAGUGUCUCAUAUGUGUGAAAGUGGCGUGGAGGCCUACUUUGCAGUGGACUAUCAGUCGAAGCUUAUGCUACACGUUAUGAGCUGUCGUACGGGCAAUACGGUGUCACAUGAGAUCAAGGAGCCUAAUCUCAUGCCGCGUUUCCUGCAUAAUUUAAAGGGCGCGUUGACUGGACGCGGCGAGACUGUGGAGUCAGUCAUAUCCUUAGCUUUCAGUCAAAUUGAAGGCAGCAUUUAUCUCUUGGUUCUAUAUCGAAAUAAUGAGCUACGCUUGUGGUCUACAGCCACUCUACAAAGCAUUUCCACACUUAAUUGCGCAAGCGCAUCGGGCAUACAAGGCUUACAAAAUAGCUUGCUGCGUAAGAUAGACGAGUAUAAUUUCUGCAUAUUUCUGUCAUAUGAGAAGAAUUCUGAUUUCGUUUGCUGCAGCAUUGUUAGCAAUUUAAGCGAAUCCAAUACCAAGACUCUAAGUCUCGUCUUGCAGCGGAGAGUGUGUGCACACAACAUGGACUUGGUUGACUUUCACGCUACACAGACUCAUAUUUGGUCGCUUUGGUGUAAUGCCUCGUGCGAAUUUAAUGUCUCAACAUUGUUUAUAGGCGCAAGGAAUGCCCUCGAAUGGGUAUCUUCUGCUCUGGAGCCCUCACCAGAUCGAUUUUGCGUAACUACAGAACAGGGCGUGGAUCCGAAAGAGGCAUACUGCUCCUAUAUAUUUCACCCUGGGCGUUUCGAUCGCAACGUUAUUGCCAAGGCGCUUUUCAUGUUUAGACGUGGUAAUGUGCUGUUUGAUAUAAAUCAGCUGACAAUGAACAUGUUAAAGGAGCAGGUGUGCCAAGCUGUGGAAGAUGAAAUACAAAAUGAGCUCAAAGAAUAUGUUGUUAGCGAUGAUGAGUAUUUGGAAAUUGCUGUCAGACUCUGGGAUCACUUUUACUCCUGCUGUGAGCAAUACCACAUUAAGUUCUCAGAGCCCACUGGACUUGCAGUGUUGCAUUCCAUGGAGACUGUAUGCAUUGUGCGGCGGCAAUCCUUUGCCUUGCUGCGUCCCUGUGAAAUGUUGGAGCAUUUAAUGUUAAUAGGCGAACAUAACGAUGCAGUGGCUAAAUUUGUAGCGCCUUAUUGCCGCAAUGAUGAAACCACCGCUAAGGCUUUUGUGGAGCUCAUGACGGUCAAUAAUCAGCUGGAGAAAUAUCUCACCGACACCAUUAAAAUGGAUCUGGAUAAAAAGUUUUAUCAGCGCGAUGAUAAUGUUGUGCAAAACAUGUUGAAGCAAAUCAUAUCUGGGAAUGAUAGUCAAUAUGACGGCAUUGCACUGCCAACUAAUUAUAUUAAUGAUAUACACCAGAAAUUGUUGGCGAUCCCAAAUUUGGAUGCUGCUAUUGAUGUGCUGCUGGAUCUCUUGGCUAUUGUGGAUGUGGAGGCAUUUGCAGAGGCAAAGGCUGGUUACGUGAGUGGCGCGCGAUUUCUGCAAUCAACUGGCGCUCUAUUUGGUAGCGACUAUGGCAUUUCAAUUUUGGCAGAGACUGUUAAACAAAUUGCCACGAUACGCUUUGCUGUCUGCCGCAACUUGUUAAUUAUGCAAUAUAUAAUCUGCAAUCAAGCAGGGCUACAGAAUUACUCCAUGGUCACCAAUAUGAACUUCCUGAACUCAUAUUAUACGCUAGUCUGGGUUGCUGAGUGCCCCAUAUCACUUAAUACGCCCGUAAACUUUGAGCCUUCUAUACAACGUUUAACGCGCGCGCAGCUUUUUACUGGCUACACUAGACCUUACUCCAGUCAAAUUCGCUUGAAUAGUCAGACUACGCUGCUUUCUUUGUUUUUACAAUCCAAGGGUUUGUUUAGUGCGCUGUCCAUGCUGCUGAGAGAGCGCAAGGAAGGCAGUCAAACCAAGGAAGCGUCUAUAAGUCAGACGCUGUUGGAAGUUGUAAACUUUAUAAAUCAAAUACUCUGGCCUGAGGCUUUGAAUGAUUUAUUCAUUGAAUGGCUAUUUGGCACUUGCCAUCAUAUCAUAAUACAGGACUAUGUGCGCAUACUUAAUGGCUGGUGUGUGGAGAAAAAAUAUUCACGUUCUUUUAUGCUUGCUGUGUCUUUGCUGGACUGUGGUGAGCCGGAUAAGGCGCUGCAAAUUUUUAAGAGCGUUGCCGAAAGCGUUGUAACGGAAUCAUUUCUUUAUGAGCAUAUUUUAAAGAACACACCACUCUAUAAAAAGCUAUCAAAGCUGUUCAACAAAGACGCGUCUUCGUUAGCUACACCAGAGCAGCAUACACAGGCCGUAAUGCAUUUCUAUCUGAAAGUUAUACAGUUAUUUGAGCAACAUGAUGCUGGCGACUAUGUCAUAGAGCUGGCACAGUUGGCCAUGGGUAGGCUGCCAAAAGAUGAUCCACAGCUACCCAUGUUCCAGUCCAUUUUGUUUAACAAUCAUCUGCAGUUGGGACACUACGAGGAAGCAUUUCAUGCCUUGGUUGUCAAUGCAGAUGUAUCGCGUCGCAAGGACUGCCUGCGUCAGCUUGUUAUAGUGCUGUUCCAAUGCAAACGCUUUGAUCUGCUGAUGAACUUGCCUUACAACUUUUUGCAAGACGAGUUUGAAUACAUUGUGGAAUCGCGUGCGCGCUCUUUAAGCAUUGAUCAGAAUGAAGUUUACAAUUUUCUGUACUCUUUUCAAGCCACCAAGGGCAAUAUGCGCAAGGCUGGCACUGUUAUGUAUGAGCAGGCAAUGCGGCUGCAAGUGGACAGCGAUGCGCCCAAUGCGCUGGAUAAACGCUGCUCUUCCUUGUUAGUCUCCAUUAACUGCUUGAAUUUGGUUGAUGAGCGUUAUAGAUGGAUUGCCAAGCCCAGAAUUGCAGAUGAAAAUCAUGCGUUGGGCAUGGAUCAGACUGGAGCUGAAAUUGUGCCAGAUGUAGUCGUAUUGGAGCUGAAAGAUAUACGACGUGAGCUGCUAUUAGCUGAAGCUUUGCGAGAGUUGUCACAUCAUCGCAAGGAUGCGCAUAGCUAUGAAAAUGCAAGCGCCGAGGAGAUAGGCUAUCUACUGGCCACUUGUGGCUUGUAUACAGCUGCUCUAAGGUUGGCUUGUGGUCACGAGUUCUCAGUGCUGCCAAUCUUUGAGAGCUUGACAGCGGCUUGCAUAAGCACAUCGGAGGAUAAAUCUAACGACGCUUGGAGCUGGCUGCAAAAUAAUGAUUUGGCGGAUUUAACGCAUCGCAAUAGCGCAGCUGACAUGGCCUGGUCUCUGCUGCAGAAACUCGUGGAGGACAAUGAGGCUGUAGACUCUACAAACAUACGCAAAAGCGUUGUUAAUCGCAUCUUGACUUUGAAUGCAUUUAUACCCAAAUGGCUCUAUGACUCUUAUAAGCUAAGCAACUCCAGAGAGCUGCUUUAUUUGCUAGUCAAGCACAAUCGCUUGCUGGAGGCCUCUGAAUUGGCCUGUGAAAUGAUAAGCGCUAUGCUGGGCGCAGGCAGCGAAUACUUUGACUUUAAACACUCGCUGACUGUAACCAAUCCACAAUUGGCAUUCCCCAUCAAUACUAUUGAUCUGCUAAUGCAUGGAUUGAAGUUAAAUGGCGCACAGCAAACGGAAUAUCAAUUGGCACAUGAUGAGCUGGAAGAGCAGGUUACCAGAUAUGUUGAGACGCUGCAGCGCACGACAGAGGACAAAAUCAAAUUGGCCACCUUAACGGAAAGAGAAAAUCGCCAACAGCAACGGCUGGCUUAAGUUGCAUUACUUCAUUUAAAUUACUUUACUCUUUAUUAUAUUAAACAUUUAAAAAUCAUCCGUCAUCACCAA